AUGGGCUAAGUCCAAAACGGAAUCUAUUCUGUAUUAAAUAGUGGCGCAGACCAGAAACACACAUAGUUGUCGCCCUACACAGCCACUUGUUUUCUCCAUCUUCCUCCACUUCUCACCCUCUUCACCGGAUCAUCGCCGUCGGAAUCUGGUCAAACCCGACCCGACCACUUUCGUCGGAGAUGGAUGAUUACUUGAAACAGUUUGUGGAGGAGACAUCGUUUUACAAUCGGCUGGUUUUGGGUACAUUCCUGCCGGAAUCAUGGUGGGGACCACUUCCUCACAUGCUUCAGGGAUGGCUCCGUAACUACAUUGGUGGAGUUCUGCUUUACUUCAUCUCCGGUUUCCUCUGGUGCUUCUACAUCUAUCACUUGAAACGCAAUGUAUAUAUUCCCAAAGAUGCCAUCCCUUCGAACAAAGCAAUGCUCUUGCAAAUAUCAGUUGCCAUGAAAGCGAUGCCAUGGUACUGUGCCCUUCCAUCACUUUCUGAGUACAUGAUUGAAAAUGGAUGGACAAAAUGUUUUGCAAGAAUAAGUGAUGUUGGAUGGCUUUCCUAUGCUAUCUAUGCGGCUAUUUAUCUUGUAAUAGUGGAGUUUGGGAUCUACUGGAUGCAUAGAGAGUUGCAUGACAUAAAACCUCUGUACAAAUAUCUGCAUGCUACACAUCAUAUUUACAACAAGCAAAAUACACUUUCCCCAUUUGCUGGAUUGGCAUUCCACCCAUUGGAUGGAAUACUGCAGGCAGUGCCACACGUUGUAGCUCUAUUCCUGGUGCCAAUGCAUUUUACUACACACAUAGCACUCAUUUUCUUGGAAGCCUUAUGGACGGCUAAUAUUCAUGACUGCAUACAUGGGAAGGUGUUUCCUAUAAUGGGUGCUGGCUAUCAUACCAUUCACCAUACGACAUACCGCCAUAAUUAUGGUCAUUACACAAUAUGGAUGGAUUGGAUGUUUGGAACUCUUCGUGAUCCGAUUGAAGAGGAUGCCAAGAAAAUGUAAUGUACUUGAUUUGCACCCAAGGAUGUUCCUUGCUGUUCAUUGUCCUAGUUGUUAGGCCACCUGUGGAAUGUUAGAAUUUGUCUCGUGUAUUUCCAAUCAUUGAUGGAUGUAAAGUUUUUUGGUAGUAGUUUAAGUUGUAGACUGAAAACAAUUCUGUAGGCUGAGUAUGUCAUCUCAUGUCUGUUCUUCCCUUAUAUUUAAUAAAAUCAGCGGGGCAGAAACUUUCAGGCUAAUCUAUGUCACAGUUUUUGAUA